AAUUUAUAUUUCAGGAUCAUUCAUGAGUACUCAAGAACUUGCUAAAUUCCAAGAGUGGUGCUGAUGUUAAAUGUGUAGAAAUCAAUUUUAUAUUUGAUAUUAAAGGCUGUUGCAGAGUUACACAUUAAAUGUCACUAAUUUAAGUUCACCAAUCCCAUCUCAGAAGAUUGUGACAUUUGUGUUAACUUCCUGCAUAUUGCAAGUUCCUUUUUGCAUAAAUACAUGAACCAUUACCCCAAAUACACAGAUGCAUCAGGAGUACAACGAAAUAGCACUUAGGAAACAGUAUUAGUCAGAUAGAUAGAACUUAUAGUUUUGUUUAAUACUUCUCAUUUACGCUUCAAAAUAACCACCAAAACCUGCAUGGAAAAUGUCUGGGCAUUAUAAUGAAGGUUUGGACACAGGUUCGAUAAUGGACUCAGAAGGCAGAAUAGAGAAGGAGGUUGAUAUCUAUGUGAGUGCUGAGGCUGUAAGAGAUAUGAAACAUAAGAAAGACAAAGAGGAUUUUGACAACCAAACACCGACAACCCAAACACCUCAACUCACAGGAAGUGAUUCAGUGAGGAAGAGAAGCUCCAGAGCAGCUGUAGUGUGUUUGGUGCUGCUGUGUGUUCUUCUGCUGACUGCAGUCAUAGUGCUGUGUGUCACACUCACUCAAGAGAGACAACAGCUCAUAUCUAAGAAUGAAAACCUGAUCAAUGAGAGAGAGCAGCUAAUACUCAAGAACACAAACCUGACCGAUGAGAGAGAGCAGCUAAUACUCAAGAUCACAAACCUGACCAGUGAACUUUGGACCUGUGUUAAUUGGACUUGCUAUCAAUCCAGUUUUUACUACAUGUCCAAAGAGAAUAAGACCUGGACUGAGAGCAGAAGAUACUGUACAGAGAGAGGAGCAGAUCUGAUCAUCAUAAACAACAGACAGGAACAAGAUUUCAUUCACAACAUGUCUGGUAAUGGUAUAUUUUAUAUUGGCCUGACUGACAGAGAAGUGGAGGGCACAUGGAAAUGGGUUGAUAACACCACACAUGUUCUCACCUCUGGCUUCUGGGCGCAAGGAGAGCCAAAUGGAAACCAACAAUAUGAUGAGGACUGUGUUGUGACUGUAGCUGUGCCUCCACCAGAGUGGAGUAAUAGAGUAGGGUGGCUUGAUGUUGCAUGUAAUAAACCAUAUCAAUGGAUCUGUGAGAAGAGGAUUUCAAAGUUCAUUCUGCCAUAGGAACAUCACACACCUUUCUGACACAAGUUCAACAAUCAAAACUUUUUAAAUAAUUGAUUAUCAUUUAAAAGUGUUUCUCAACCUUGUUUCUGGAAGGUUGAGAAACAACUGCACAUUUUAAAUGUCUCCUUUUUUUCAGACUCCCAAUUUCAUGUCCUAAAUACAUAAUAUGCAAAAUGGGACUCCAGAAGUGUGUUUCAUUCAACCAGAAAUGACUUGUUAGGGAAUGUCGCAGAGUUUUUCAAUUUAUACCUGAGAUUUCAGUCUUCAUUUAUUAUUUGUACAUUUUUCAGUCAUACAUCACCAGUCACUGUGAAACACUCCAGUACUUAAACAAGUUUUAAUAAAACAAAGGUGUUAAAAAUGA